GUGGCAGCUUCUACACACAUACACAUAACAAUUUCUUCAAUUUAUUUAUUCUUUUUUUAUUAAACUUUAGUCCUCAAAACCCUAUCCAAAUGGCAUCUUUUUAGGUAAACAUAGUAAUAGUGCUUAACCAUAAAGCAAAUAAACCCACCUCUCUCCCUUCUUAUCAUUUCAUCUCUCCCAUAAUUUCAGCAGAUUCUGUUUGGGUUCCCAUUGACAGUUGAUGGAACAUUGUUUCUCUCUCCACAAGGCCCCUUCUCUCUCUUCUUUUUUACCAUCGCUGGGGCCCCGCGUUUUUAUCCCUUCGAAUUCACCUUCCGACUUUGCUUUGUCCCGCCGCCGAUCACUCAGGACUGGCUUUACUUCCACUCCUUUCAAUGGCCGGAAAGCACCCUCUGUCAAAGCCAGCGCCGGGGCUAGCCACUGUGAUUUCAGCAGCUUGAACGCGCCGCUUGAGCCGAAGUCAGCUCCUGGGAAGUUCUUAAGCGGUGUCCUUCAGAACCAACGUCAGUUCUUCCACUUCGCUGCCGCCGAUGAACUUAAGCGGCUCUCCGAUGAUCGUGACGCUGCCGUCGCUCGUAUGUUUGUUAGCUUGGAUUCUGACGAAGCAUGUCUUCACAGGAGGAUUGCUCAACUGAAAGAGCAGGAGUGCCAAGCUGCUGUGGAAGAUGUGAUGUAUAUGUUAAUCUUCUACAAGUUCUCUGAUCUCAGAGUACCAUUGGUUCCUAAGCUCUCCAGGUGCAUGUACAAUUGCAGACUUGAGAUAUGGCCUUCGAAAGAUUGGGAACUAGAGUCCAUCCAUAGCAUUGAGGUGUUGGAGGUGGUUAGGGAUCAUAUCAGUGCUGUCAUCGGCUUGAGAGCAGACUCCAGUGUCACCGACAACUGGGCUACUACUGAGAUCCAACAGCUCCAUCUAGGCCGACUUUAUGCAGCCUCCAUCUUGUAUGGCUAUUUUCUCAAGUCUGCCUCCUCUAGACACCAACUGGAACGAUGCCUAACUUUGGUUCAUCAAAAACGUCUUAAUCAUAGGAACUCCCUUCAGUUUCUGGAUCUUUUACCUUGUGGAAUUAAGAGCCUGGUACUCGGCCGUUUUAGUGACGUGCAAUCUGUUCCAUUAGGUCAAGGACCAGGUAGACAGGAAAAGGAUCUCGAAGAAUUAAGAUGCUACGUGAUGGGAUUUGACCCGGAGACAUUGCAGAGAUGUGCCAAACCAAGAUCCAAAGAGGCAGCACAUUUGAUCGAGAGGCACAGCUGUGCACUCUUUGGAGAUGAGCAGACAGGGAUUCCGCAGACCGAUGAGGUGAUCAGGACAUCUUUUUCAAGUCUGAAGAGGUUAGUUUUGGAAGCUGUUGCCUUUGGUUCUUUCCUUUGGGACAUUGAAGAAUAUGUUGACACGGUCUAUAAGCUGAAGGACAACUGAUUCGGGCAAGAAGUUACAGCAGUUGAGUAUAAUGCUUUUGUAUAGAGGAGUUGAUGUUUUUGGAAUUUUCUACUUCAUUGCUCUGGUUUGGUAGCACUGGGCAAUACGCAUUGUAUAGUUAUAAGUUGAUACGAUGAAAUAAUGUACAGUAGAAGACUUUGUUCAUCAAUGGGAUCAAUUCCCUUGACUGAUAUUUUGUUGAUAGUUCUAGUACAGUAUAUGGCCAAGUGUUAAAUUCAUGGUUUGAAAUGCGAGGGCCUUAUUUAUGUGGUCAAA